UGUGUGUGUUUGGAGGGGCCUCUCGUUAAGUGAAAGUAAAACCAACCAAACAUAUACUGUAUAUAACCUGCUUCUAGUGUACACCUUGUUACAUUUGCUUGCAGUGAUUCAAGCCAACUGUGUGGGAUCAAGCUGAUAGAUUCAAGAGGGGAAAAACAAAAUGGGAUCAUCAAAAUCACAACCACAACAACCACCACCACCAAAUCCAGAACUGAAUAAACCAUGGAGGAAAUUUGACUGGAGACAAAAAGAAGCCCUGAAAAAAAAGCUGGAAAACUUCUCUCCGAGUGAUCCAAACGUUAAGGAGAUCAAGAUCCUAGUGGCUGGACAAGUUGGAGCAGGAAAGUCCAGCUUCAUUAACUCCAUCGAAAGUGCCUUUCAAGGACGGAUCUCCACAAGAGCACUAGUUAACUCAGCUGAAGGAGACAGUCAUAGUUUUACACAAAAACUCGAAGGUUUUACCAUCAGAAGUGGGAGAAAACCUUUGCCCUUCGUCUUCUUCGACAUCAUGGGUUUAGAACCUGCAGCAUUGGUUGGGACACAAACAGAGGACAUCAUCAGUGCUGUGUUUGGCCAUGUGCAGGAUGGCUAUAAACUCAACGAGGAGCAGCCACUCACUUUUCAGGAUCUAGAAUUCACCACGAACCCCAACCUCUCCGAUCAGUCUUUCUGCCUGGUUUAUGUCAUAGACGCAGUUACAUUCCAACUUGUAGAGGAUCGACUUAUUGACAAGCUGAAGAUCAUCCGCAAGAGAAUCAGUGAUAAGGGCAUUCCCCAAGUGGUUGUUAUGACCAAGGUGGAUGAAGCAUGUCCACUGGUCGGAAAUGAUCUGAAGAUGGUCUACACGAGCAGGAGGAUCAAGGAGAAAAUUGUGCAGUGCAGUAAUAAACUGGGUGUGCCGAUGACAAACAUCUUCCCAGUGAAGAACUACCAUGAGGAGAUCGACACAGAAAAUGAUGUUGAUGUUCUGAUACUGAAGGCUCUUGAACAGAUUGUUCAGAGUGCAGAUGAUAGGUUGCUGGAUAAUGAAAAAUAUACUGAAACUUAAGUAACACAUGUGUAACUAAUUGAAUUAAAUUAUUUUUUGAAGGAUAACAGUCUAUGACUCAGCAGAGUAUUGUGUUUUAUCAUUCACGUGUACAUACAAACGGUUUCAAAGCUAAAAAAAUUUCAAUAUAUUUUCAAUAUAUAUGAUAUUUCAAUACUCAAGACCGCAAGAAUAGAGGACACGUGAACGAACCAGAAUGGGUUUUUGAUACUAAAAACGCAUUGAUGCAGACAGAUUUUUUUUUUUGAAGAUAAACAAUACAACUAUAAAUGCCCUGGUACAAAAUACAAGCUUCCUUAUUAAGACAACAGGCAAGCAUAAAAAAAUAAAAAUAAAAAAAUAAAACACAUAGAAGUAUUCAGCAAGUUCAAUGUGUUUUAUUAAAUUUAUCAAGAAAUCUUGUGAUUUCACUUUACACUGUAUUUAAAUGAUGAUGAUGGUGAUGAUGGUCCAGGAUCAACAUUACUGAAUUUACAAUGUAUUCAAAUGUUGAUGAAUGAUGGUCCAGUAUCAACAUUAGUGAAUUUACACUGUAUUUAAAUGAUGAU